CAUUACAACCUUAUCUUCAGACACUCUCGAGAAGAACAUUCACGGCGAUGGCGUCGCUUCUACUCGGAGCUCCUCCGCGAGUCACCGUCGCAUCAUCUCCUCGGUUACUAUCGUCAUCUCACUCAGAAACCGUUGGUGUAUCUCUCUCUUGCUUCACUCAGAAACUGUCUCUCUCAGCUUCGUCAUCAUCCAACUCAAUUCCACUUGGUAAAAAUUACCUCAAAACAAAGCUCACUCCUUUCUUCUCUCUUUACUUCUUUAAAGCCGUAAAGUUUUCGAAUUUCUCAGUUUACUGUGGACGUGGAGACCGCAAAACAGCGAAAGGAAAGCGCUUUAACCACUCUUUCGGUAAUGCGAGGCCACGGAACAAGAAUAAAGGAAGAGGACCACAGAGAGUUCCUGUCCCUCCUGCACCACCGAGGAAGGAUAAGUUUGAGAACGACGAGAAGAUCAAAAUCGACAUUGAUGAGUCUCUCUUCUCCAAUUAGAGUCUUUUCUUCACUUCCUUGUCUUUGUAAUUCCAUUUGAAUAGACAAUGCUGCGACUCUUUGUUUGUUGUUUAAACAUCUCCUCUUUCUAUUAAAAAUCUGCUUCUCUUGUUUUCAUUGAUAAUGUUUCGGUAAUAUGAGUGAUUGAGUCUUAACUUUGUUUUUAUAAAGAAAAAUCUAAAGAAAGUGUUAGACAUUGAAAGACUUUAAAAAC